AUGGGAAAGAUACAUUAUUCAAGACAGCCGGAAAAUAGCACAAAAUCGUGUAAAGCACGUGGUUCCGACCUUCGAGUACAUUUCAAAAAUACUCAUGAAACGGCUCAAGCCAUCAAACAUAUGCCACUAAAGCGUGCAAUACGUUUUCUGGAAAAUGUGAAAGAGAAGAAGGAGAUUGUUCCAUUCCGGAAAUUCAAUCAUCGUGUUGGGCGUAAAGCACAAGCGAAAGCUUGGAGGCAUACACAGGGUAGAUGGCCAAAGAAAUCAGCUGAAUUUUUGUUGCAGCUUUUGAGAAAUGCGGAAAGUAAUGCAGAGUAUAAAGGAUUGGAUACAGAUCAUCUUGUAAUCGAACACAUUCAAGUGCAGCGUGCUCCAAAAGUACGUCGACGAACAUAUCGUGCUCAUGGCAGAAUCAAUCCUUAUAUGUCAUCGCCGUGUCAUGUGGAAGUAAUUUUAUCAGAGAAAGAGGAAGUAGUCACAAAGCCAACGGAUGAUGUAGGAAAAGUGAAGAAAGAAUCAAAAAAGAAGCAACGUCGUAUUUUGGCUCGUGGCGACUAUUAA